UGCGAUUAGGAGGUGAGCGAGGUUCCAAUUUAAGGGCGUUAGAGCAAUUUCCGGUCGGUUCGCUUGCAAGAUGGCGGCGCCCAGUGAUGGAUCCCAGCCUCGUGAGCGGCGCGGUGCGGAGCAGGAACAAGACUGGGAUGCUUCAGCGAACAAGCGGCCCCGACUUGGGGCAGGAAGCAAGAUUGGAGGCCGUAGGCUCAUUGUGGUGCUGGAAGGGGCCAGUCUGGAAACAGUCAAGGUAGGGAAGACAUACGAGUUACUCAACUGUGACAAGCACAAGUCUAUGUUGUUGAAGAAUGGACGGGACCCUGGGGAAGUGAGACCAGAUAUAGCCCACCAGAGUUUGCUGAUGCUGAUGGACAGUCCCCUGAACCGAGCUGGCUUGCUUCAGGUUUAUAUCCACACACAGAAGAAUGUGCUGAUUGAAGUGAACCCCCAGACUCGAAUUCCCAGAACCUUUGACCGCUUUUGUGGCCUCAUGGUUCAGCUUUUACACAAACUCAGUGUUCGAGCAGCUGAUGGCCCCCAGAAGCUCUUGAAGGUAAUUAAGAAUCCAGUGUCAGAUCACUUCCCAGUUGGCUGUAUGAAGAUUGGUACUUCUUUUUCCAUCUCAGUCAUCAGCGACGUGCGAGCAUUGGUGCCCAGCAGUGACCCUGUUGUUUUUGUGGUGGGGGCCUUUGCCCACGGCAGGGUCAAUGUGGAGUAUACAGAGAAGAUGGUGUCCAUCAGCAACUACCCACUUUCUGCUGCCCUGACCUGUGCAAAACUUACCACAGCCUUUGAAGAAGUGUGGGGGGUCAUCUGACAGCAAGAGCCUUGUUCUGAGACAAGGGACUGUUGCCGCCGCACCCCUUUACCCUGCUCUCAACUGACUGCUGCUGGAAGAUGACCUUCCUGCACCAAGACUGUGGAAUUUGGGGAAGCCAAGGCUGUGCAUUUGCUGUUUGUUUACCAUAUAAAUACUGUUUUUGUAAACUUA